AUGCAGGUUACCCAUGGUAUUUACUCUUUGACGGCCGAUGCGGCGGCUUCGGCUACGGCGGUGGGGAUUUUAUCUACUGGUGUUGCCACGGCUGGUGUAAAGCCUUUGAUCACCACUGCGCCCUUCGGAGCUGCCGCCCCCGCUUUUGGAGCUUUGUUCUAG